CGAAACAUAACAGGAUGGGGGAGGGAUUUAUAAGCUAAAUCAAGAGGCUUUCUGGCUCAUGUUCAGUUGUUCAAGCAGAUCUGGACGUACAAAAGAGGAAACGAGAAUUAAUCAACAUGGACAGUGUUCUUGAAGAUGUCGUGGCCAUGGUGAAGCAGCACCCAAAAGGAAUCCCAGUAGGAAAACUUGGUUCAUACUACCGUAAGACAUACAGUCGCAGUCUAUAUAUAUCUAACCUGGGAUUUAAGACCAAUGCUAUUCUGUUAGCCUCUCUGGAUAACGACCUGUUUGUAGAGGAACAUUUGGUGUUUCACAAGGACUACAAGUGCAUUGAAGGCACCGUAGAAACUGAAGCUGGAACUAGUGCUAGUGCUAGUGCUGUGACUGUGGCUUGUGAAUCCGCCAAACUAAAAGGAGAAAGAAAGAAGGUGAAAAAUCUAGUGGCCAUGAUGACAGAAUAUCCGGAAGGGAUUCUUAUGAAGAAUCUGGCCAUAGCCUACAGGCAGAAAUACCAACAUAAAUUGAACUGGAAGUCUUUGGGUUUCAGUUCAAUUUCUGCCCUGGUAGCAACAUUAAACAAUGAUCUGGUAGUGAUAGGGGAACUGGUGAUCCACAAGAUACACCAGCCUCAAGAUCCACAGGGAGCUGGAAUAUCAGCAACACCUUUGAAUUCAGAAAUAUCUUCAUCAGCUCAGACCCUUCCUGUUAAAGCUCUCUCCACUGGAUCCAAGCUCACUGAUGAACUGGACCAACAGCAGCUCCACAAGAGGAUCGUAGAGGUAGCUGAAAAAUACCAGCUGACUGAUCGAUCCAUGGAUCUACUAGAAGUUGGCUAUUUUCAUUGCUAUGGCGAAAAGCUGCCAUUGCAGCUGUACUUAUCCAUGUAUGACACUUUGGAAUCAUCUUGCCAAAAGAACCUGCCCAUUCCAUCCGCAGUACAACAGGCCGCUGCAGCCAAUUCGAGCAAAACGAGUGAUUCAGUUCGGAGGGAGUGCAAUGAAGGGACAGUUGAAACUGAAGCAAGAACUGCAGUUAGUGCUGUAGUUUUUGAAGUCACCAAACUAAAAAGAGAAAGAAAGAAAGUCAAGAUGGCGGAAAAUAUAGUGACCAUGAUGACAGAAUAUCCGGAAGGGAUUCUUAUGAAGAAUCUGCCCACAGCCUACAGGCAGAAAUACCAAAAAAAGAUGAAGUGGAACUCUGUGGGCUUCAGUUCACUUUCUGCCCUGGUAGCAACGUUAAACAAUGAUGUAGUAGUGAUAGGGGAACUGGUGAUCCACAAGAUACACCAGCCUCAAGAUCUGCAUGGAGCUGGAACAUCUUUAAAUUCAGAAAUAUCUUCAUCAGCUCAGCCCCUUCCUGUUAAACCUCUCUCCACUGGAGCCAAACUCACUGAUGAAUUGGACCAACAGCUUCUGCACAAGAGGAUUGUAGAGGUAGCUGCAAAAUACCAGCUGAUUGACCCGUCCAUGGAUCUAUUGGAAGCAUGCUAUUAUCGUCACUAUGACGAAAAGCUGCCGUUUGAGCUGUACCAAUCAAUGUAUAACAGUUUGGAAUCCUCUUGCCAGAAGAGCCUGCCUAUUCCAUCUGGUACUGGAACUGCUGCAGUACAACAAGGCACUGCAGCCAAUUCGAGCAAAACGAGUGGUGCACCUUGGAGAGAGUACAAUGCUAGUGUCUUUAGAGGAGCUUUUAAUGCUCAGUUGAGAGAGGUCCACAGAGAUAAUGUGCGGGCUGUAGAAGCUAUGGUGGAUGAUGAACAAGUCCAAGGUAGGAGAAAAAGAGAUCUGGAUCCAGAUAUGGUUAGCAGUCUGAUGGAGGAUGUGAUACGAGACCUUGCAGGAGAGGGUGAGCUGGUCACCAAAGAAAAGGUCAUUUCAAGGGCAUGCAUGUUAAUGCAACUUACUUCUAAGGAAUCAGAAAGGAUAAAUCCUCGUAGUAUUCAGGCCCUGAACGACCUUCAGUACUUGGUGAAAGAGAUGACAAUGUACAUACAGUCCACUGAAGCGGUGACAUCUGUCUGUACCCUGUAUGAGCUGGGACAGUCUUUGGCUGGUCUUAAGAACAAGAAGCGCUACGAAGAGCUGAACCUGGGACCCCUUUGCAAACUCCCCCUCAUCCACCGUAUGUUCAAGAUUGACAGUAACACCAAGGACGAUGAUAUCCCCCAGAUUGAGACAGUAGACAUAUUAAAGCAACUUCGCAAUUACAGGAAAAAGUCAAACAAGCCCAAAAUAGACCUGGCUGAGUUUAUGAAGCAUCUAGCGGACCAUUAUAAAUGUGAGUCUCCCUACGAGCUGGGCAUCAGGAUACAAAGUCUUGGCCUGCCCAUAGCGACAUUAAAUAAAGUGAGCCGUUGUGAUCAUAAUAUAAUGGAGCGGAUCAAAGAAACAAUUCAGAAAGAGCUGGAAGAGGAGACCCGGGAGCAGUUGAUAAAGCUCAAGAAGAGUGUCCUGGAGCCCGUAAAAGUCACAAGCGCCUGCUUUGCAGGGAACUUGGACCUCAGAAAGAAAUAUGUCUCCUUGACAGCAGCAGAAGUGGUGCUGGCAGUCUUCACAAAUGCAGAAAAGGUUUUCAGUCCUACAAUGCUAAGGCAUGUCCGGAUAUUCCUAACGCAAGUGUCAGCCAACAAUCUGGCCACAGCUCUCUUUCAGCUGGCAAUCUGCGGUGGCUCAUUAACUAUCCCACAAGACCAGGUGGCCAAGGAGAAAACUCCCCAAACCUCUGAAAAAACAGACCCAAUGGAAGACAGAUCCACAACAUCAAAUCCCAGUGAAGCCAAAGUGAAGCAGUACCUUAAAGAUAGCCUCUCCUCGAUUAAGUCAGCCAUCCAUUUGGCUGAUAUUGCCAUCUUAGAGGGGAAGUUGACCAAGCACUUCCAGGUCAAAGACUUUCAUUCCUUGGGUCAAGGCAGCUUCUUGGGGUUCUUGGUUAAACACAUUCAGCUGCUGCAGGACGUGCUUGGUUCAACUUUGGUUCUGAGAAGUUGGGAUGUGAAAUGCGCGAGAAGUUUUUUCAGACCCACCAAGCAAGACGUAUUUGAGUUCAUCAAACAGUGUGGGAAAAAUACUGCUGGUGGUCAAGAUGAACUGUCCCACAUCGAGUUGGCAUUGCGGUCCCACUAUGGCGUGCGGGAGAGUCGAGACUUGGGCCACGGUUCACUACAGACACUGGCCAGACUUGUCCAAUGCCAGAGCGACCUAUCUGGCGGAGGACUAAGCCAUGUCUUUUAUGAGUCUACAUUGUUUGCCAAGCUUGGCAUUUUAAGUGACGAAAGUGGAUGUGAACAAGUGGGGCGCCUUGGGGAGAUGUCAAAGGCCCAGGCAUUGGCCAGUUUGCAUUCUUGUCCUCUAUUAGAGGAUUUAAGUGAAUGGAGUCAAUGGGAGCUUAUAUUUAAACCAUCCCAUGGCUCCCUUAAAGAUUUUAUUGGAAGAAAUGCAGGCUUGGCAGCACUGGAGGUGUCACCAGGUCUGCUGCUCAGGAUCACCACAGACACAGGAGACAACUAUUUCUCCAAUGCAGCCAUGACCCUUGACCCCGUGGGCACAGCUGGCCACCUAGUGUCCAUUGUUGUAGCUGAUGGGAUCACAAAUGCUCCCACAGCCCUCCUGGCUAAUCAUAUUCAGAGUUCCCUCGCCGCGGCUGUGGCUAACGAAGAUCUGUCUCAAGCUGAAGAGGACAUGUCAUGUUACAGCACAGUGGCUAAUUUCCUUUUGGAUUGUUUGGCUCGAAUUCCAAACAGAAUCUGUCAGGCUCUUUUUCAGCAGGUGUUUUUAGAGCCUUUGUCCAGAGUAUUGGGCCAGACAAAGUCGAAACUGGUCCUAAUCACUGUGGCCCAGUCAAACCAGAGGCAUAUUAAUUGUUUGCAUCGACUGGGAAUCCUCCUGGGAAUCUCAGAGUGGGUGAAGGACUACCAGAAAAAGCUGACAGCAUCACAGAUCCAAAAUGGCGCUUUAUGCCAAGGACCUUUUGAUCAACCCCAAGUCCAAAUACAGUCUAAUGUGGUGGAUUCUGGGAGCAUUAGUCUGUCGGGUCAGAACACGAGUGAAGAUGAGGGUCUUGAAGACACGGCAACAGAUAGCAGUCUGUCCUCCUGUCAUCUCAACCAGAGCCCUCAACAAGGUAAUAGAGUGCAAGAAGGAGAAGAGCCCUUGAAGGAAGAAUCAUCUGAAGAAGAGCAGUUUGCUUCACUGUCAGACAAUGAGAUGUCAGAGAACAACAGUGAGGCCCAAGGUGUGCAUAGCAAAGAGCCAGAACUUCUGGAUUUGAACGAAGGAGAGAUGCCCACCUGUCCGCCUGAGCCCACUUUAGAUUUCCACAGAACCAUAAUUGAAGAAAUAAGGAAAAACGAGUUUGGUAUUGGUGUGGAACUGACAGCUGAAGGUCUGAAGCUGAUGCAGGUACACCAGGAUCGACUUGGCAGAAGCUUGGACCGCCUCUCGACCGAGCUGUACAGCAAAGACACGCAUUUUGUUUUGGAACUCAUUCAGAAUGCUGAUGACAACAGUUACCCAUCCGAAUCAGGUGUUGUUCCAGCCCUGGCUUUUGUGGUUGAGAGGGACUGCAUUACCAUUCUCAACAAUGAGACUGGCUUCCAGGAGACAAACAUCAAGGCUAUAUGUGAUGUCGGUCAAAGUACCAAGGGCAAACACAAAUAUGGAUACAUAGGACAAAAGGGUAUUGGCUUUAAGUCAGUAUUCAAGGUCACAGACCGUCCAGAGAUUCACUCCAAUGGCUUCCACUUGUUUUUUGACAAGACCUGUGGCCCCAUGGGUUACAUCCUCCCCCACUGGAUGGAUGAUGAGAGGCCCUUGGACCCACAGUUAAAUGACACAUUUAUUCAGAGCUGGACAACUAAGAUCUGCCUUCCUCUGCGCUCUGAGAGACAUCAGACCCGAAACCUGUUCCAUGACGUGCACCCUUCCUUGCUGCUAUUUCUGCACCGGCUACGCUCACUCACCAUCUACAGUCAGGCUGAGAACCGCCUUGUAACAAUGACACGUAAAGACCUGGAUCAUAAUGUGCUCGAGGUGGAGCACUCUGACGGCAAAGAGCGCUGGCUAGUCGUCAAGACUACACUGCAGCCCAAGAUGCUUCGAGAGAAUGUUGAAUCGACCGAGCUUGCCCUCGCCUUCCAACUUGGCUCUGACAGCUCUGGAAGUGACAUCAUAGGCCAACCACAGAAACAGCCCGUCUUUGCCUACCUGCCUCUUCGCAGCUUUGGCUUCCGCUUCAUUGUCCAAGGUGACUUUGACAUCCCUUCUUCUCGAGAGGAUGUUGACAGAGACAGCUCAUGGAACCAGUGGCUCCGAGCUGAGAUACCACAACUCUUCCUUCAGGCCAUGAAAGUCUUCAUUGAUCACCCAGAGUUUACAGGCCUUAGGGGUCUCUGCCAGUUCCUGCAGUUUAUUCCUCUGCCUGACGAAGUGUUGGACUUCUUCAAGCCUGUUGCCAGUCAGAUUAUCCAGUUGCUCAAGGGCAAGGCCUUCCUGCCCACAGUCACCUCAGAUGGUCAGGUUGUGUACAAGCUACCAUCCCAAGUGGCGGUCUGUAUGGAUGCUGUGAUUCGCAAGGUGAUCAACCAAGAUGAGCUGGAAAAGCAUCUGUUGCUAUCAUAUCUGCACCCCAGUCUAAGCCCUGCCCCACCCGCCUCUCUUCUUUCCCACCUGGGAGUUCGGAACCUGAGGGGCUCCGAUGUUACCACGGUAACCACAGCCAUGGCCAGGGAGCUUAUGAAAGAGGAGACUAUCCACACGGAUGUCGGCCUGCAUCAGUUGGCUCGACUUCUUGUUUGCAACUUCCGGGCUGUGGAACAUGGUUAUGGGGAUGGAGACUCAAUUUUGCAGACUCUUCGGAGUCUACCCAUAAUCCCUCUGGUUGAUGGGCGUGUGGUGGCACUAGAUGGAGACGGUGUGUUUUUCCCACUGGAACAAAGCAAGACAAAGAAAAAGAAAGGUGAAGUCCAAACCGGACAUUUGUCCUUAUUGUAUGAGGAUAUAAACGUAGUUCACCCAUCUCUGCUGAGCUGUGUGGAACCUUUAGAAAGUCAGCAGGUGCAGGAGCUGCUGAGAAGACUGGGAGUUCAUCAUCUUGAGCCACAAGAGCUUCUGGAGCAGCACAUCUACCCUGUGUUGAAAAACGAAAAAUGGAAGUCAAAGCCAGAGACGGUGGUCGUGAGUUACCUGGUUUUUAUCAAGCAGCACUGCACCUCCACCCAGGAGUAUGCAGACAUUGCAGUACCGGUCCUCACCAACAGGGGUCUGCUGUGUCCAGGGCAGAGCAGGGUUCACUUCUCUGAAGCAUAUGGCAACAUGGACCUAUCAAAGACAUUGCCCGGCUACGACUGGGUUCUGCUGAGUCCCGAGUACUUGCAGGCAGACAAUGAUAUGGCAGGAUGGAGACAACUGUUCACCAGACUGGGUGUCAGAGAUGGUCUCAUCAUCCGAAAAGAGAGACAGACUCUCACACCCGAAGAACUGAACUCCAGUCCCUGGUCAAUGGAAAGCACAAUGUGGCACCAAACUCCUGGGGUGGACUGUGUGCUUGACGACUACCCAUGCGAGGAGUUUCAUGCCCUGGCCACAGCCCAGCUGACUGCCCCCUGCCUCCUGGAACAGAGAAAGGCUUUGCUAAAUCUGCUGGCGACCAACUGGAACACAGGACAUGGCUACUCUCAGUACCUCACUGCGCAGGUGAUCGACAGAGACGCUCGGCCGAUCAGAACGGCCAAGUCUUCCUUCUACCACUUCCUGUGUCGUCUCAAAUGGAUGCCAGCCUUUCGCCCACAGGAAGGCGAAAAGACAGAGAUUAAGUACCUCUGUCCAAACACAGUCUACCUGAACGCACCUGAAAUCACCUACCUGCUUGGGACACACGUCUAUUACGUGAACAUGGAUCCAAGCGAGUUCAGCAAAACCCUGGGAAUACGAUCCAAUGUAUCAGUGGAUGCUCUGAUUGCCUAUCUGAAGGAGUGGUGUAGCAAACCCACAGCAGAUAAUGACAAUGCGUCAGAGGGGACAAAUUUCACAUCCACCUUUCAGCACAUCCACAACAUCUACACCUAUCUCCACACAAACUGUCCCCAGAACAGCCUAAAGGAGCUCUUUCAUCAUAAUCCGGCUGUAUUCGUACUACUGGAAUGCCGCGGUAAUGACUGGUGUUCAGGACGCUUCUACAACCUGAGGGAGGUGUGCUGGAGUGACCCCACUCACAUGUUCCAGCGCUACAUGCCACUGAUGCGUGGACCUGAGAGCCCCAUUGAGGAGCCCAAAGUCCUGGCUCCUUUCUAUAGCAAACUGGACGGCAUGAAAGACUUCUUUAUCAGACUGCUGAAUGCAGAUGCCAGCCCCAACAUGAACCAAUAUGUAGGUCUUUUGGAAAUCAUCGCUUCAUCAUCUCCCAUCCCAACUGCUGAAGUCCUCCAGGAUGUGUCAGUGCUCUACGCUAUGCUUGCUGACAAAUGUAAAAUUCAAGUGUCUGGUGACCAUGAGGCCGUGCCUCAGUCCAUGCUCGAUGUCAAUUACUGCUCCACUUUGAAAGGUAUGGUGUCUGACAAGAGGGUCUUCCCCACCAAGGAUAACAGCUGGGUGAGCCUGGCACGUAAACCCAUGAUAGCUGACAGUAAAGAGCUGGAGAAAGUCUUUAAACCUCGCAAAGAAGUCUGCCUCCUCAAUCUGCCACCAGCGGAGAAGAAGACUGCACCAAGGAAAAAAACUGGCUUCUCUGGGAGGACAGCGCCAGGAGAACCAGCCAUUCCCGCCUUCAAUGAGAGUGACAGAUUGGCAUUUAUGAACAUCUGCGGUAUCCGUCUGCUCUCUCAGUCUGUCAACAUGGAGUCCCUCACUGAGAGCUGGAGGCCCUGUGCGCCCAUGCAGGCCAUGGUGCGAUCACUGAUCCCCCACGUCCAGAGGUUCCUCUACCACCACGAGGAGCUGGCGGAUAUUUAUUCAGAACUUGUUGAGGACAACAUCGCAGAAAAGAUCAAGAGACUUAAAUUUGCACAGGUGGGUAAACUGUAUAUCCGCUACCAGCUGGAAGUGGACGACGACGAGGAUGCUGUGGUGGAGAUGACAGAUGUCAUCUGUCAAUUGAAGGACAAGAAGGAAUUGUGCAUCCAAAAAGAUCACCUCACAGCCAAGUUGGACAUCUGCAGGGAGUUGGUGAAACUGUUCUGCACAGAUAGCAGCCACAGAAAAGAGCUGAUGAAUUUCCUGAGUGGCCUGAUCGCUUCCCUCAGUGACCCAGCAGCCCUGAAGAGGUUUUUAAUUAAGGAGGACAUCAGAGAGUUGCCCAGUGAAGAGGAGCAGUGGGAAGUCCCAGAGCCUCCUCGUCCAGAGGUGACCCUGGAAAGAACACCAUCAAGAUGUCCUACUUCCACCAAUUCCCCAGGAGAGUCAGCUCGCCCUGGACAACAAGACGGAGAGGCGACAUUAAUUUCCUGGCCUCCAAGAGCAUCUGUUGUCAAUACAGGAAGCCAUCACUCAGGACGUGCCGAUGAAGCUGCUGUAGAAGCCGCUUUGAAGAUGUGGCCACCUCCUGCCGCGCCCAAGGACAGAGAUUUGCAGAAAGACGUCUCUGCCAAAGAGAGUGGCCAUGUUGUUCCACAAAGCUCUAGGAACUGCAACACUGAUGGUGAUAAACAAUUAAAGAACACCAGCAGCAGAACGGCAAACCAACUCGGACCACAGAGAACUGCUAGCCAGUCUAAUGCCACUGAUGCUACCGGCACAACACAACCUUCAGGGCGCCGUCAACCAAGCGAAACAUCAACAUCUGGCUGUACAGAGAGCGGAGAGGAGACGAGAGAGAAGAGCCUCACUGAUCCAGAACCAGCUCCGAGCGCUCCAUCUGUGCAGCCCAUCGAGGCAGCCAGCGAGCAGCUCACUCCAGACGGCCUUGCUGUGCCAGAGGCCGUGGUGCUGCCAAGCAUAUUCAAAGGCUCACAAACGGCUGCAGAGACCCAGAGACUCCCUUUAAACUUGGACUUUCCCAUGUGGAACAAACCCACACCCCCACAGGCCACACUUGAGGACUUGGACGUCAACUGCCAGAGACCCUCCACCGUGGUGAUAACUGAAGACCACAGGGACAUGAAAGCCAUCGGCGAAUGGGGGGAGCUCCUGGUCAACUCCUUCCUUUGCCACUGGAGAGACGGCGUGGAUCCGGGCCGACCCACGCGGGUCGUGUGGUGCAAUCAGAGCGGCGAGAGCGGGCAGCCUUACGACUUCGAGCUGACCUUCGGGCCGACGGGAGAAGAGCGCGGCGACGCGGCGCCAGAGGUGGUAUACGUGGAGGUGAAGUCCACCAAGAAGAAAGAAAGGUCGUUCAUCGUCCUCUCGGCCAACGAGUUGCACUUCGCGCUGACGAGGAAGGAACGCUACCACAUCUUCCGGGUGUACAGCGCGGGUGAUGCUCAGAACGUGCGCCUGUGUCGCAUCCAGAACCUGGCGCAGCAUCUUCACACCAAGACGCUGGAACUCUUUCUCUUCGUGUAGUGGGAAAUACCUAUCAUUAGCCUUUGUAACUUUGCUCUUACUGCACUGAUUUCAACUUCAAACAUGCACUUUUAUUAUAUGUAUUCGAUAUAUCUGCUGUUCACUAAAUAGUAAUGUUCCUUGUUCUUGAGAAAACGCUUUUUUUUCCACAUAUUUGUAAUGUGUAACUUGAAUGAAAUGUCGCUUGUGCACAUAUUGCUGUUUUAACCCACUUCUGAUCUCACCUUUUCAAUCUGUAUACCUUUUAGAUCAAAUCCUUUCCA